GCUAAUGCUGCAGCCCCAGCCCCAGCCCGGCGGGCUCCAGUCCUGCGGGGGCCGAGCACCAUGGCCAGGAAGGUGAUCGCGGUGCUGCUGCUGCUCUGCUUCAUCGGCGUGGUGGGCAUCCUGCUGCUGUGCCUGCCCACCAGGGACCUGCGGGAGCCGCCGGCCUUCAAGUAUGGAAUCGUUCUGGACGCCGGCUCCUCCCACACUGCCAUGUUCAUCUACAAGUGGCCUGCGGACAAAGAGAAUGACACUGGGAUCGUCAGCCAGCACAGCAUGUGCGACGUGGAAGGUGGCGGGAUCUCCAGCUACGCAGAGAACCCCCCGGCCGCCGGCAAGAGCCUCAAGCAGUGUCUCGACCAGGCUGUGAGCGACGUCCCCAAGGAAAGGCAUCCGCUCACCCCCCUCUACCUGGGGGCCACCGCUGGCAUGAGGCUGCUGAACCUCACUGACCCCCAGGCUUCAGACAGAGUCCUCAGUGCAGUGACCUCGACGCUGAAGUCGUACCCCUUUGACUUUCGGGGGGCAAAAAUUCUGUCGGGUGAAGACGAGGGGGUGUUUGGCUGGGUCACAGCUAACUAUCUCCUGGAGAACUUCAUCAAGUACGGCUGGAUCGGGCAGUGGUUCCGGCCAAAGAAACCCACAUUGGGGGCCAUGGAUUUGGGUGGAGCCUCGACCCAGAUCACCUUUGAAACCCAGGAGCCGAUUGAGGACCCCCAGAACGGGAUGACGCUGCGGCUCUAUGGGCAGACGUACACGGUGUACACCCACAGCUUCCUGUGCUACGGCAGGGACCAGAUCCUCAGCAGGAUGCUCUCCAAGGUCAUGAAGGCUGACGGCUACAAAACAAACAUGUCCAACCCCUGCUGGCCCAAAGGCUACCAAAGGAACUUCAAACUCCAAGACGUCUACGACUCUCCCUGCACGGCAGCUGAGAAGCCUGACAGCUACGAUCCUCAACGUACCAUCGACAUGAGCGGAUCCGGGGACACCGCCCAGUGCCGCUCGCAUGUGGAAAGUCUCUUCAGCUUCACCAGCUGCAGCUUCACCAACUGCUCCUUUGAUGGGGUUUUCCAGCCCGGCCUUUCAGGAAACUUCAUUGCCUUCUCUGCCUUUUUCUACACGGUGGAUUUUAUCCAGACAGUGAUGAAGAGACGCGUGGCCUCGCCAGACGACCUUAACACUGCUGCCGAAGCCAUCUGCAGUGCCACCUGGACCGAGCUGCUGCCAAAAGCUCCAGACCAGAAGAAGUGGUUGCAGGAUUACUGUGCGGUUGCCAACUUUGUUUAUUUGGUGAUCACCAAGGGCUACCGCUUCGAUGAGAGCUCUUUCCCCAACAUCGCCUUCCAGAAAAAGGCUGGGGACACUUCCAUCGGCUGGGCCCUGGGCUACAUGCUGAACCUCACCAACAUGAUCCCGGCUGACGAAGUGGGCUUUCGAAAGGGCGCAAACUACAGCUCCUGGGUCGUCCUCAUCCUUCUCUUCGUGGCUGUAAUCCUGAUGGCACUGGGGACAGCGUUCUGCCUGCUCCGGUCCGGCAAGCAGCACCGCACCAUGUAGGACGGGGGCGGGAGAGACAUGGCUCCCUGGAGCUGACGUGAGCUCUACUGAUCCUGGCAGGUGGCCCAGCAUCCUACAUACUUCAGAUGUGAGCGUUUCCUGGAGGCCCUGUCCCUCCCCCUGCCUGUUUGUAGCCCUGAGGGAAACCAGUCCUGUUGCCUUUCUUUCCUCCCUGAUUGGAAGCCGGAGAAGUGGACAGAAGAGGAGAACUGACACCCAGGGAGCUGCAUGAGGAGCAAAUGUAAAUGGUUUCCUAGUGCAUCCCCUUUGGUGCAUCCUGGAGCAGCAGCAGAGCCUGGACAGCCAGAUCUGGGGUGUUCUCCUUUGCCUGCUGCCAGAGGGAGACCAGACACAUAGUAAACGGCCAGCAGCAGCCAGCAGGCGACUGGCUCUGUGCAAAGGAAGGGAGGUUUUUAUACUCACAUCCAAGGGGUGGGGUUCGGGGUGGAGAGGGUUACUUACCUAAGCGUCUGUGGAAGGCUCUUCCCUCUAGCCCCCCUGCCUGGAGCCCUGUCCUGUCCCUUCCAGGGAUUUUGUGACUUGGGGUCCUGGGUAUUAUCCAGGGACCUGCACUAUCUUCCCUGAGCAAGGGCCAAAUCACAGCCCCCAGGAAGUCUCUGGGAGUUUGGCCAUUGAUCUCCGUGGUAUUUGUGUCUCUCCCAGGGCCCGGGAAGCCCCUCCAUCUCUGCGGAGCAGUGCUGCCCGCGCCAGGCUCUGGCAAUCCGGGUGGCUUCCACUCUUAGCACCACAACUCUGCCUUGCCUCUUUUGUUUGUUUACAAUUGGCGCUGCUCCUAGCCAAUCCUUCCUGCCAAGGGGGAGGUUUUAAGACUAAGGGUGGGGGUGGAGCCUGAGUAGGUGUGUAAUUCAACAGGGGGUGCCCUGAGUACCUUAGGGAGCAUCAUAAACCAGCCCCCUGGCGUGAUGGAGAAAAUUCUCAGGGCUCCCUCGCACAGCACUGAGACCUGAGACCUUCUCUGAGCUGCCAGCUAAGACACACCAAGCCAGGGCAUGGUGAGACCCAAACCUUCCACCCCCAGCCUAAUCAGCCUGGGGACAGGGAGGGUCUGUCUUUAAUUCCAGAUAAGAUCAAAUAGGGAUUUGUGUGUUUUAAUGCUCACAAAACAAUGUAACAAUGUAAACCCAGGGGAGGAUUUUAGAUGAAAAGGCAAAUAAACUUUGUUAAAGGGCAGCUACCCUGAGACACCUGUAGGGUGGUGGAGACUGGAUAACACUGAGCUCUUCCAAACGUUUCCUGAGGCAAAGCUGCGAGCUUGCAGCAGCGCUGCUGUGACUGGGUGUGACUGCACUCCUGGUAAGGACAACAGGCAGCCUAGGCGAUAUUUAUGCCUUUGGGGAGCUCAGCUGACAGGGUCACCUCUGUCAGGGGUUCUCAGGAUAUUGUGCAGCUCUGCCAAAGCACAGAGCUGGGUCUUCUUUGGAAAUGUGUAUAUAAUAGAAUUGGAAGAGAAAAUAGGAAAUUGCUGCUGAUAAAAUCCAGGUCAAUAUUUGAAAAUGUGAAGAGAAUGUCACAGUCUUGAAAUUUAUCAGGGUGGAAAGAUCAGCUCACUGCAGAGUAAGAGCUUAUACUAAAUAUAAUCACACAGUGGUGAAUUUAUCACAAACUGUAAUCCCACUAAUAAAUGUCUAUCCUCAGUCUGUUCACUAAGCAGGUGAUUUCGGUACUAAGAUGGUAGGGAUGCUAUAGUUUGCCAGUCCAGUUACAUGCCAGUCAAUUUAAGCAACAAUGAAAGAUAUAUUCCAAUCAAAACUGAGCACACCCAGCAAUAAUUCUGUGAUUACUGUUUGGAAGUUUAGACACUUAGUUACAAAAAAUCAAUUUAAAUGAAAAUGGCCUUCCCAGCUACUUAUAGCCCAGAGCUAAUCAUCUCCUCCCUAAAUCCAUGACUAUUGAAUGCUCAUACCAUGGACUGAACCUCACUCUCUGUGUGAAACAGUUUCAUGUUAUUUCAAGUUUCUCCCAAUAUUCCCUAAUAGAUGUAACAAAAAAUGAUAUAAACUGCAGCCCAAUGCCAGGAUUCCUGCGAGUUCCUCUGCUGCUUUAGUUUACACACAGAUUAAAACAAUGACACCUUGUUGUUUUAAAAAAAUUCACUUUCUGCUCCUGUAUCUUUUGCCUAAGAAGUCAUCACUUUUUUGUAACCGCAUCCCAGGAUGCAUUUAGGCUUUGAUUGCUCUAAAGCUGGGUGCUUGCUCUCAAAUAGCUUUAUUCUGCUGGGCAGCACAGGGCCAGUUCAAUCAACUUUACAGCCAACUCUUGAAACAAGUUUUCUGCCUCAAACCUUUUCUGUCACUGGCUGAUUUUGAUUCCUUCUGUGGCUCACCCCGGCGCAGCCCCAUUUCCAGUGAGGAGAUGGCGCUGUCCAAUGUGAGCUCUUUAGCUGUCAUCUUUCAGCAAUCCAGUGAGACAAACCGAGGCAGCUCUCUUGUGAUUUGACAACUGGACAUCCGUUGCUCUGGGCGUGGCUUCAGGACAAGAGAGUUCUUUACUUGAAACCCCAGGGUGGAUUUUUCCAAUAUGCAGUUCAGCCCCGAUGGGAUACCUGCUAGGGACACCCUGUUUUUAUGGACAGUGGGUGUUUUUUAAAUAAACUUCAUUUUCCUCGGGCUCUGGCCAGCUGAGAAGGCGAGUCCUGCCAAUGACUGUCCCCUAACAAACAGGGCCAGCUUUGACUCUGCUCUUCAGCCAGUCUGGCUGUGUUCCUUGGUGGGUUUUAGAUUUGGUCCAGCUCACUCCUGUACAUUACUUUUACAAAGGAGGGGGUGACACUGUGGGUGCCUUUACUCCUCCUUUGUAGACGGCCCCCUUCUGCGGCACUAACCCACACAGCGGGGUUGGCUGUGCAAAAAGAAGUGGAGCUUGGGAGGCUUCUCCCUGACCCAUAGUAGCCAAUAUGGGGUGAUUACUUGCCCCUUACUGACUCCAUCCGUUCGCUUCUCUUCUGCUCAUGAAACCUUUAUUAAAACAAGAUGGAAAUGUCAUGUUGUGUGUCUGGUUUGAUUUGAUUAAAAACCCGGGCCGCCUUCAACCAGAAAGUUGUCAAGAGACCCGCUU